AUGUACCUAAUUGUUAUAUCAUUUUCUUAUGCCAAUUAUGGUCAAAGAGUAUGGAAAUUCCGGUAUUCUACAAAUCCUUCUUGGUGCAUUGUCUCUAGUCUAAUAUGCAUUCUUCAUUCGGUUUAUAUGAUCAUUCGCUUGUGCGUCGUUAAUUCUUCUUUAAGAUUAACAAGUUGGCACAUUUUAUCUCCAUUCAUAUCGGCAUUUGGUUUUAUCUGGUGCAUUUUGCUAUUUUUUAUUAAUGACUUUAUAUCAUGGAGAGAAAAUCGAGCUAUUAUGACAGAGCAUCGCUUGUCUAGACUUUACUUCAAUACAAAGUUGGGUAUGUAUUCACCGGUUUAA